AAAAUCGUAUAAUGGAUCUCUAUGGGAGUGUCGUAACCCGCAGUAACGUACUCUUCAUGGGUCUAAAGUUCAAACUAGACCACACUACUGCUGUCUACUGAUGAUUUUAGUCAUAUCUAGAGAGUUUCGAUAAAAACUGCUUCAAGGGAUGACAUCCUGGACUGUCAUGACGAAAGAUGAGCUCGAAAGGCAGUAUUCACCCAGCCGGUGGUCACACAGGAUGGCGGCAGACGAUGUGAUCAAGGCCCACGUCAAGGCUUUAAAGGAAGGAACAGAGCGUGCACGCAAUCUCGCUCAAACGUUACUCAACGUGCCCUAUGGAGAAGGUGAAGGCGAAAAACUAGAUGCCUACAUCCCAACCACCAACUCCCUCGACGUACCUCUUGUUAUUUACUUCCAUGGAGGAUACUGGCAAUUUCUCAGUAAGGAGGAGUCCGGAUUCAUGGCAGUCCCACUCAUUGAGAAAGGCGUAGUAGUGGUGGCGGUGGGCUACGACAUUGCCCCCAGAGGUAACAUGGACUUGAUGGUCUCUCAGGUGCGCAGAAGUGUCGUGUCAGUCGUGCAGCAGUAUUCUCAUAUCAGCGGCUUGUAUCUGUGCGGGCACUCUGCCGGCGCUCACCUGGCUGCCAUGGUUCUUUCCACCGACUGGUCGCAGUAUAGCAUCAUACCUCAAAUCAAAGGUGCUUUUCUUGUCAGUGGUAUCUAUGACCUCUUGCCCAUCUUGUCUACAUACGUGAACGAACCAUUGAAAAUGACUGAGGAGGUUGCAAUAAGAAACAGCCCCAGCAAGUUGAUCCCACAGCUCAAACUCUCCUCCUCAGGCUGCCACAUUGUUGUAGCUGUCGCUGAGAAUGACUCACCAGAGUUUCGCAAGCAGUCAGAAGAUUACUACAAUACUCUGAAGGCAACUGGACUGAAUGCAACCUUGGAAGAUGUGUUGAACACUGACCAUUUCAGUAUCAUAGAGCAGCUAGUUGAUGGCAAUUAUCAUCUCACAAAGCUCCUGGUGAAGAUGAUGGGGAAAAGCUGAGGUGGAAGUGUCAUCUAUCGACUUACAUACAUGUGUCCAUAUGGAAACAAGAUGUGUGAUGAUAGUUACAGCAAUCAUAGACGCUUUCUGUGUUAAAAACACAUUUUUUAGAUUUAUAUGCCUCACAUUCAAACUUUGUGGUUUUACCAUCACUUGAGGCGGCCUGAAAUGGGGGCAGAUUUGACCUAGUUUUACACAGGCUGUGUCAAUUACAUUAGAUCAUGUUAUCUAAACUUCAGUGUUGCAUUGUUUUGAUUAGACUCACCCAUACUUGGUUUGAGAAAAUAACACUGUGAAUGUAGCAUUUAAAUUUACUUAUUGACGGCGAUAGAUGUAUUUCAACUGAGAAAUGUUGGUAUCAAUUGAUCGCUGCCCCCCAUCAGUCAAAAUUGACCAGACAUCUAUGUUGGGUGGCCAUUUCUACAACACAAAAAAGUUGUACACUUUGUGGUAUUUAGUCAGGAAAGAAAAUUGCAACAUAAAACUCAAGCUUACUUCCCAAAAAUAGUACAAAUUUCAACUGUACAUCUUAACAAACAUGAAUUCAUUUUCCAUGCCACAAGCACACACUGUGUUUUCAUCUGUGUGAUUUUGACAAAGAUCAGAUCACAUUUGAUGGCGAUUUAAUGCAGAAAUGUGAGACAUUCCAAAAGGUUUCGAUACUUUUUCAUACCACUGUAAAUGCAGCGAACAUUGACAAACACAGUGAAGUGUGUUGCAUUCAAGUCCAAUUUAAAAAGGAAGGCAUACAGUGCCUUGCAAAAGUAUUCGGCCCCCUUGAAUCUUGCAACCUUUCGCCACA